UAAAGUCAGGUCGAGUCGCGGCCCCGAAGACAGAGCCGUGCCGACGCUGCAGCCAUCAGGACGCGCCGCGCAGCGCAGCUCACAGACUCUUCCUCUUCUACUACUUCUUCUUCGUCUCGAACACUGCUACUUAGCUAUAUCUGAACAUACAGCGCAGCAAGUGCCCCCGCGAGUGUGUGCGCGUGCCGUAUAUCAGAGGAGACUGUUGUGUGCGACGGAACCGGAAGUUUGUUGUAGGCCGUUCGCCGGCCGGUCUCUUCUUGCGCUUGAGCCCGCGCGAGUGUUUGCCGUGUGAUAAAACUCUGCUGCUGCUCCUCUUGCCGCCGCCGCCGCCGCUGUUUGCCGUUGGAAGAAAAGUUUGCUCGAAACGUCGUCGAGGAAGUGAGCCAUCAAGAUGGACUCGCGAAGAACGAUCAGAUCCGUCGCCUCGGGAUGCCUGCUCCUGGCCCUGAUCACCGGAACCCUCGCCGGACCUGCGCGGACGGCGUUCGAGAAGCUGACGGACUUCGACUACCGCGGCACCACCUACUACAGCGUGCGCAACCUGUCGCUGUACGAGUGCCAGGGCUGGUGCCGAGAGGAACCCGAGUGUCAGGCCGCGGCUUUCAGCUUCGUGGUUAAUCCACUGGCGCCGAUGCAGGACACCCUCUGCCAGCUGCAGAACGAGACCGCCGCGACCAACCCGUCAUCCACGCCGCAGCGGGCCGUCAACAUGUACUACAUGACCAAGCUGCAGAUCAGAUCAGAAAACGUUUGCCUGCGGCCAUGGGCGUUCGAGCGAGUGCCGAACAAGAUGAUCCGCGGCCUCGACGCCGCUCUUAUCUACACGUCGACGAAGGAGGCCUGCCUGGCCGCGUGUCUCAACGAGCACCGCUUCACCUGCAGAUCUGUCGAGUACAAUUACGUGACUCUGCAGUGCCAUCUCAGCGAUUCCGACAGGAGAACCACCGGACAGUUCGUGCAAUUCGUCGACGCCCAGGGCGUCGAUUACUUCGAGAAUCUCUGCCUGAAAGGUAAGGAGUCCUGCAAGGCCCAGCGUUACUUCCAAGUACCGCGCAUUGGCGUCGCCGACGACAAGGUGGCCCAGUACGCCGGUUUGCAUUACUACGCGGACAAGGAGCUGCAGGUGCAGAACGACCCUGCCUGUCGCAUCGCCUGCGAAAUCGAGAACGAGUUCCUCUGCAGGUCCUACCUGUACCGCGGACCGCCGAUCGGACAGGCCUACAACUGCCACCUGUUCCAUCUGGAUCAUUGGACCCUACCCGACGGACCGUCGACCUACCUCAACGCCGAGAGGCCGCUUAUCGAUAAUGGCGAGCGCGUUGGCACCUAUUACGAAAACUUCUGCGAGAAGGGCAAGAUCACCGACACGCAGCCCGACUUGAACCUCACCACGAUCAAUCCCAGCGACUCGCGCUUCGACAUCAACUGCGACAAGACUGGUACCUGCUAUGACGUUAUCGUCGAUUGUAAGGACACGAGGAUCGCCGUGCAGGUGCAGACGAACAAGCCGUUCAACGGAAGAAUCUAUGCCCUCGGACGUUCGGAGACGUGUAACAUAGACGUCAGCAACAGCAAAUUCUUCCGACUCGAUCUCACGAUGACCGGACAGGACUGCAACACUCAGAGCGUGCGUGACGGUGGUUUUCAGACUGGCACCUACUCGAACACGGUGGUGCUGCAGCACCACUCGGUCGUCAUGACCAAAGCCGACAAGAUCUACAAGGUCAAGUGUACCUACGACAUGUCCUCGAAGAACAUCACCUUCGGCAUGAUGCCGAUCCGCGAUCCGGACAUGAUCAGCAUCACCAGCGCACCUGAGGCGCCACCACCGAAGAUCCGUAUCCUCGACAACCGCGCCCAGGAGGUUGAGACCGUCAGGAUCGGUGACAAGCUCACCUUCAGAAUCGAAAUCCCCGAAGACACUCCUUACGGAAUCUUCGCUCGCAGCUGUGUAGCCAUGGCGAAGGACGCCAAGAGCACCUUCCAGAUCAUCGACGACGAAGGAUGUCCAGUGGACUCUUCGAUCUUCCCGAGCUUUACACCCGACGGCAACGCUCUGCAGUCGUCGUACGAGGCCUUUAGGUUUACUGAGUCAUACGGUGUCAUCUUCCAAUGCAACGUUAAAUACUGUCUCGGACCUUGCGAGCCGGCGGUUUGCGAGUACGGCCGUGAUUCGUCCGAGUCUUGGGGCAAGAGGCGCAGAAGAAGUCUCGACAACUCGACGGAGGAGAAAGCGGAAGACAUGACCUUAUCUCAAGAAAUCCUCGUCCUCGACUUUGGCGACGAAAAGCAAUCGCAGUUCUUGAAGAGCGACGCGAGUAUAGACUUCAACGAGGCCGACAAAACCGUCACCAUCAUCGAGCCAUGUCCGACGAAGACGUCAGUGCUGGCGCUGGGCGUGACGUGCGCCCUGCUCAUCCUCAUCUACGUCUCGACGAUCUUCUGCUACUACAUGAAGAAGUGGCUGACGCCGCGGAAGAUGAUGCCUUGAACGCGAGUUACUCGACCCUAACGAGCCGUCGACACGGAAAGAGACUGCAAUAAUUUAACAAAACAAAAAAAAAAUGAUCGGGGAAAGCGGAAAUUUAAUCUCGUCUCUUUCCGCCCGACGGCAGGCGAAAGUACGAAAAUCAAGGGGUGAAAGGGAGAUAGGAGUGGCGAGAAGAUAAGGAAAACAGAAAAGGAUUAUUAAGAAGACUUAUUUUCUUUGAGGAGGUGAUGACGUGCUAAAUCACUCCGCGCUAGACUUGCAUUUAAUAAUUAUUACAUACGCACGAGUAGUGGGAAAAAGCGAACAAAAAGCAGUGCGUUUACGCUCGGGUCCCCCGGCAGCACCGAUUUUCUCUCCAAAAGUCAUGAAAUUGCGUAGAAUCCCGUCCUUCGCCGAUUCCUCGCGUGUUUAUUCGAGUAUAUUAGGACAGUUCUUUUUUUCUUUUCAAGCACAAGAAGAGAAGAGAAAUCAAGUAUGGGAGAGAAAAUAGAUUUUUAUCGGGGGAUCGAUGUAGGACGACAAGCUUCUAUGCAUUUUCAUGAAAAGUUAAUGCACGACAAUCGUCGCGAGCUGCGCCUCGGGACCCGAGCGUUCGAUUCGCUUCGUGUAUACAAGAAAAAAGACUUUUCCUCGUUUCGUAUUAACCGCCUCAUUAUCUCAUAUACAUAUUUACACGAGCCCACUGUACUUUUUCACUCUAUCUUCGUAUAAGGCAUUUUUUUCCUAUAACAAGUCUUCAUUAUCUUCGUGGCUACUUUUGAUCGGGUUGCAAAAAUGCGCGCACGCAGGAGCCAACGAGUAUAAAAAAAAAAAAUGAUAAAUACGACGGGCGACGGAUGACGCUGCGGCACCAAAAACGGAAAACAAAGCAUCGUCUCUUCACGGUCUUUUCUUUUCUCGCGAAUGAUUGUAUGCGUCGAAUUGAGUUUUAUUAUUAUUUUAAUUUUUCGUCCACGCAUUGUCCGAGCCCGUCUCUCGGUGCGCGUGUAUCGCAUCAACGUGUAUACACGCGCACACGUUUAGCUGAAGUUGCAAAUCGGCGGUACACGUGUAACCUGCAUCAAGACUAGCGGUACAUAUAUAAAUAUAUUACAUUUAAAGGUUCACGCUUGACUAACGUCUCUCGAUGGAAAACGAAAGAAAGAAGGAAAACAUAUCCAGAAAAAUUCGAAUAAAUCAUGUGUUUCUUUUUUUGUAUAAGGUAGCUCUUAAGGUAUCAUUAUAUAUUAUCAUACGGUAGGACAUUAGUUGAGCGACAAUUUUACUAAGCUAGGAAUUCAUUAUAAAAUAUAUAUAUACAUAACGCAUAUUCGCGAGACAGCGAGCGCGCUGUAAGGAAUUUGUCUUCUCACUCUUUCCGUAGCGCAAUGGAGCCUCGCGCCGUCGCUGUUAAUGUGCGCGAGUUUAAAAUGGCUUUUAUAAAAACUCUUUCGAAAUCGGCACGCGACGGCUCUCUAAUGAAUUUCGAAUUGGACGAACGGAUAUAUAUAUAUAUAUAUAUAUAUAUAUAUAUAUAUAUAUAUAUAUUUGCGUGCGCGCACGCACACGCACAUUCUGUACACACCGCAUCGGUUCACCGUCGCGCGCACACGCGCACAUAAAUAUUAUAAUGAUGUCAGAUUUCGUUUGAGAAAUUUUUUCGAGGUUCUUUCGCGCGACAGAGCAAAAAUUAUAGCGAUGACUCUAUAUACGAUUCGCCUAUCUGCUCUUCCAUCUUUUAUAAUACACACAUCUCUCUGCGUCUCCUGGUUCUUAUUCUGCUUCAUUAUUCUUCUUCAUUUUUUGUAUCGUAACUUUUAUACAUACAUAUAUAUACACAAGCAUAUAGGCGUGCAUACGAGCUUCGUGACGCGCAGACUGGAUCUUAAUAUACAUAUAUGAUAUGCAGACAGUUUUACGUAGUUUCGUGUUUAUAAUGAUGAUAUAUUUUUUUUGUUCGUCGUUCGUCCUCAGCUCUACUUCUUUCUUGUCUACGGUAGUGUGUAAGAAAUUCUUCGUCGAAAUUCAGCUCUCACGCCCACCCGAGGAAAAGAUUUUUAUAAAUGAUGAAUUUAUACUAAUGAUAAAUAUGUGGAAUGAAAUUAGCGAAAGUUGUCGUAAUGUAUAUAUCGCAGCCAGGAAUUCGGAAAAUUCAUUGUACUUUGUAUACAACGACAUUAUACAUGCAUUCAUGAAUAUCGUACAUAUAAUAAGUGUGUGUAUUUUAGACUAUUUAUGUAUGCGUACAACUGUUUUAAUAAUUAAACAAAAGAGAAAUUUA